AUGAGUGCCGCUAAGAAAGUUGCCGUCAUCGCGACGAGCACUCGAACCCCACGCAUUGGAACUAAGGUCGCGGAACUGGUGAAAGAUACCAUCACCACAGAUGCUACCACCAAUGGCAUCGAUCUGAAUCUUGUAGAAGUCUCUUCUUUCAGACUUCCCGUCUUCGAUGAACAGGUCAUUCCCGCUCAGGUCCCAGCUGCAGGUGACUUCGCCCACGAGCACAGCAAAGCGUGGAGCAGGGAAAUCGCCAAGUACGAUGCCUACAUCAUUGUGGUUCCAGAAUACAACUACGGCCUGCCUGGCGGCACCAAGAAUGCCAUUGACUACUUGUAUAACGAGUGGAUCGGCAAACCCAUUGCUGUAGUCAGCUAUGGCAUCAUGGGUGGCAACUCGGCGUCAGCGCAGGCACAGAAGACGCUGGAGGGCAUGAAACUCCGGGUUGCGCCGACGCGACCGGCGCUUGCUUUUGCGGGUGGGGCCGGACCGGAUCUGGUGGCUGCUAUGGGCCACGGAGAGAUCGGGGAAGAGUCGCGGAAGAAGUGGGAGGGAGAAUCGGAGAGCAUACUCAAAGCCUUCGCCGGAAAUUCUCGUCGCAUCGGCUCACAAUGUGAUCCUUUAUCACUCUUCGCCUUUUGGUCUCCCUUUUCCCUUCUUUUCCACCAUGCGCCUUUCAUCGCCGUCAUUUGUUUUCUGUCCUCCAUCGUCAUGAGGACGUCCGCUCUUUUCGCGCUCAGUGGCUGCGCUGCCACUGCCCUAGCGCAAGUUCAUCUACCGUUCUCCCAUCAACCUCAGCCGAAGGCCAGUAGCAAUGUCGAAACCAAAGACGUGGCGGACCGUCGAUCAGUUUCUGCGACGGAUGUUUACGUGACGGACUGGAAUUAUCUGGUCAACGCCACUGUUGGCACACCGCCACAAGAUAUUUCCUUGAGGGUUUCUGUGCAGGCUGAGCAUACCUGGGUCCCAAACGCCAAGUAUUGCGACUAUUACAACUAUAGUGACUAUUACGAUUCUUCUUCCACCAGGAGCGCCUAUUACCUCGAUUCAUAUUCGUGCAAAUACGGCGCAUUCCAGAGCAACGAGUCAUCCACCUACGUCAACCCCGGCACCGAGGACUUCAGCACCAGGUACUCGGUCGGCCGAGCUAAGGGAGAAUGGAUUAGCGACACACUAGGCGUGGCUGGCAGCCAGAUAUCCAAGAUGAUCAUGGGCUAUGUUCAAUCGGCAGAUGUAUUGAUCGGUGUCCUUGGCCUGGGUUUCAACACCACCGGAAGUGCACAAUCUACCGCUAGCCCGAGCAGUACCUCGAAUUAUCCUACCGUUCCUGAACGCCUCGUACAAGAUGGUCUCAUUAGCUCCCCCGCGUACAGUCUCUGGCUGGACGAUUCAUCCGCCACGUCUGGGAAUCUUUUGCUGGGUGCGAUCGAUACAUCAAAGUUUGAGGGCCCUCUGCUUCGUUUCUCAGUGCGCACAACGGGGUCAUGGUCAACAAGCAGGCGAUUUGACACCUUCAUCACGUCCUUCAAUGGUAUGCUUCUCUCGCCAGAUGCUGCUUUAUCAGUGCUACCCGACGACAUAGCCUUAGAUCUUUGGGCUCUGACUGGCGCUUCCUGGAAUGAUGACCUCGGCUACGCGAUUAUUCCUUGCACGGAAAACACCACCACGGGUCGCUUGGCUGUGCAGCUGUACGGAUCGGAGGGACCUGUGUUGAAUGUAGCUCUUGCCGACCUCGUGGUGUCUCAAGAUGUUUGGUCCCAUUCGGAGUGGUCUUGGGAGACCGAGUCGGCCUCCGAGUACUGCCUGUUUGGAGUCCAGUCGGAAAAUUCCACCUCGACAUACACGUCUUCUUCCUAUCCAUACUCCUUGGGCAACACAUUCCUCAAACAUUCCUACAUGGUAUUUGACCUAAUCAAUGAAGAGAUUGGCUUUGCGAAGACAAAGUUCAGCAGCACGCAGACGGAAGAUCUAGUUCCGUUCUCAAGCCACGGAGCUCAGAUCCCCGCGUCAACCAGCGUCAUGCCGGAUUGGUGCUCAUCUACCUCAUCUCAAUGUCGAACAGGUGAUUCGGGUUCGGGCUCCGGAGGCGGAUCCUAUGGCGGUGGUACAACCUACCUGGGCGAUGGCUAUUACCCCGGACAUCUCCCGCUGGAGGCAAACCUAGCCAUCGGCCUCAGUGUCGGUGUCUUCUGCACUAUGGUCAUGGGUCUGUCUAUCUGGGCCAUCAGACGAGGCCGUCGCAUUAGAAAGGCCCAGAAAGAGCUGGCUGAAAAGCAAGCCGACGUGGGACCCGGCGGCGAGACACAGGUCGGGGCCGCCGAUGGAAAUGCUGGCAAUUUGGCUCAAGAAGCCUUGCGUCCUCAACAUCCGCCAGCUGCAGUGACUCGAGAUCCUUCUGUAACAGAUGCAGAUGCAGAGCAACGUGCUACUGGAAUUGUGGGAACUGCCAAGUGA